ACUAGGUUAUCUAACCGCGGCACUUAGGGCCUGACACGAGUGGUGAUAGUGAAGUUCACCAGACUCUUGCAAAGAGGCUGGAAAUCGAGACUAUAAAAUCUGAUGCGGGCGGUGGACCAGAAACCGGAGUAUCACUUGGAGUGGCCUAACACAAAGCCUCCUUUCUUCAGCUCAGCUCUUCACUUCAGAUAUCGCCCAGUAAAAAACCUUCGAUAAAUUCUCAAAGCCAUGGCCGAGAGAGUGACGACAAAAGAAGCUCUCAAGAAACUCGAUGCUCAACUCGAAUGCUCCCUUUGUCUCGACACUUUCAAGCAGCCGAAACUCUUGCCUUGUUUUCACGUAUUUUGCAAGUCCCCGUGUCUGGAGAAACUAGUGACCAAGGAUGGACCCUCCCUCACUUGUCCCACCUGUCGACACAUUGUCCCACUGUCAGAGAGGGGAGUGGCUGGACUGCAAUCAGACUUCCACAUCGACCACUUGUUUGAGAUACAAGAUUCUUUCAACAAGGCCAAGGAUGAGAAUGCUACAAAUUGUGGCAACUGUGAGAAUGGCAAAGCCACCGGAUACUGUAACGAUUGUGGGGACUUUUUGUGUGACAAGUGUCAAGCUGCUCACAAGAUAGUUAAAUACACACGUGAACAUAAACUAAUUUCGUUAGAUGAACUCAAAGCUCAAGUGACUAGCCUGGUUCCCCCAAAGAAAGCCGUCCCCCAUUGCCCCAAACACUCGGAGAAUUCCCUCAAGAUAUACUGUGAUACCUGCUCCACUCUCAUUUGCACGGACUGCACCAUUCGUCUCCACAAAGAUCACAACUACGACCUGGUGGCUGAUGUGCUGACCAAGCACAAAGAAGAACUUGUCUCCAGUCUCAAACCAGUCAAAGAGAAGCUGGACAGUGUAAAACGAGCUCUGAAGGACUUUGACGCAAGAGCCAAGGCAAUCCACGAUCAGAGGGCCACGAUUGAAGCUAACAUCCACAAGGAGAUUGACGAACAACAUCAACUGUUGGACCAACGAAGGGCAGAGGUUGUGGAAGAGCUAGAGAUGCUGACUCAGCAGAAGCUGAAGGAUCUGGCGGCACAGAAGGACCAAGUGGAGAUCACUCAAGUGAAACUGACCAGCUGUCUGGAGUACGCUAAAGGGGGUCUCAAAACAGGCACAGACGGUGAAGUACUCGAAAUAAAAUCUUCCUUUGUUAAGAGAGUUAAACAAAUCACUGCAGAAUUCGAAUCAUAUGCUAUUCAGCCAGAGACAAAGGCUGACAUGGAACUGAUCACUGAAGGAAAAGAACCUCUCAAACAAGCUUACCAAGAUUUCCUAGAAGUUGAUCACAAUCGAUCAUUCAGCUUAGAGAACAGCCACAUGACAGGAGAUUGUCUGAAAGAUGCUACCUCUGAAGAAACAAAAACUUUAUCCUAUCAAGCAAUGACCAAAAAUAACAAGAAAUUCAAAGACAAACUUAACCUCAAAGCUGAACUUGUGCAUAUCGAAAGCAAAGGCAUAUUGAAAUGUGAAGUGAUCAAGGAACCACAUGGCCAACACAAGAUCAACUAUCGCCCUGUGAAACGAGGAAAGCAUGAACUACACAUCACUGUCAAUGGGGACGCAGUACGAGACAAUCCAUUCCCAAUAGCUGUAGCCCCAUCACCACAGAGCUUCGGCAAGCCUUCCCGAGUUGUACGAGGUGUGAAAAAACCACAAGGCACUGUCUUCAACAGUAAGGGACAGUUGGUUGUUGUUGGAGGUGAUGGAACUACUGUCUCUGUAUUGACACCAGAGGGUGAGAAGAUACGAACGUUUGGACAGCUGAAUAAUGCAAGAGGAGUGACUGUCGACAAAGACGACAACAUGUAUGUUGUGGAGACCGGCAAUCAUCGUGUGAAAAAGUUCUCAUCUGACGGAGAAUUUAUGGCAGCUGUUGGUAGUCACGGCAGUGGUAACCUUAAGUUUCUGCACCCUAUUGGUAUCUGUUAUAGCAGAAGAGACAACAACCUGUAUGUGGCUGAUCGGAGUAACCACAGAAUACAAGUGCUCUCUACUGAACUUAAUUUCGUUCAAUGUUUUGGCGCACAAGGCAAUGGGAACAAACAAUUAUAUAAUCCACGGCAUGCAACAUUUGAUAGUGCCAACAACCUUUAUGUGACUGAUAACGGUAACCAUCGAGUACAAGUCUUCACUGCUGAAGGUCAAUUCCUGAGAACCUUCUCACAAAAAGCCAACGGUAGGAAGCUGAGUUGUCCCUAUGCCAUAGCCAUCGACAGCAGUGACACAGUGUACGUCAGUGAGAAUGGAUCACAUCAUGGACCACAUCAUGUGAGCGUGUUCACAUCUCAGGGAGCCUACAUCACCACGUUUGGUGGACUUGGAACGAAAGAGGAACAGUUUAAUAACAUUUAUGGACUUUCGAUUGAUAGCAAUGAUUCUGUUGUUGUGUCCGAUCAAGGCAACUGGCGACUGCAGAUAUUCAAAUGAGAUAGCUAGUGCAGCUAGUCAAGCCAAGAACUUUAAGUGGACUGUGUUUGUAGGUAGCUAAUUAGCGGUAAUAAUUUAAUUGUUAGCUGCGUUGUUCUAAUGUAUGUUUGUCCAUGUUUCUAUCAAACUAGGACAGCUUACAUGUUUAUUUGAUAUAUUAUGUGCACUUGUAGCCUAUUGUGAAAUCCAAUUUUGUUUUCGUUAUAUCAGCUGUGGGAUUUUUUGUGAAUGUGCUUCAACACAAUCAUGCAUGAUUCAAACUUUACUUUUUUCUUAACACAAAUACAGCUCUGCGGUACAACCUAGAGGCGGAGUGGCGUAAUAGAUACCCCGGGGGAAGGACACCGUA